AUGGCCGCCCCGGCUGCCACGUCGGCCAACGCGCCAAAGGAGACGGUGUACGUCAACAACCUGUCGGAGAAGGUCAACCAGGAGGAGAUGAAGAAGUCGCUCUACGCCGUCUUCGCGCCCUUUGGCCCGAUCAUCGACAUUGUGCACUUCAAGAGCAACAAGAUGCGAGGGCAGGCGUUCGUCGUCUUCCGCGACGUGCCCGCCGCUUCGAGCGCGGUCCGCCAGAUGCAGGGCUUCCCCUUUUACGACAAGCCCAUGAAGCUCGACUAUGCAAAGGCCAACUUCUUUUGCUCUUCCCGUGAGCUCUCUCCUCAUUGCAAAGGUCAGCCAGGAGGAGAUGAAGAAGUCGCUCUCGCCGGUAUUCUGGCGAUUUGGAUCGUUUUUGGGGAGGGCCCCCCUGACGAGGUCCAAGAGGUGAGGGUCGGGAUUUUUUUUUUUCAGUUCCGCGGCUUCAAGGUGCGGCUGGUGCCGGGCAAGGCGGGGAUUGCCUUCGUCGAGUUCGAGUCGGAGAUGCAGUCGGGCGUCGCGAUGGGCGGACUGCAGGGCUUCAAGAUCACGCCAACCAACCUGAUGAAGAUCACGUACGCCAGGCGGUGA